AAAUACAAUGCAGGAAAAACAUACAAUCAUCUCAGGUUUUUGCACACAGCUACAUGCUACACACACGUCUGGCUAAUAAUACAAUCAACACCGUAUAUAUAUACUGUUCUUGUAAUUGUUUAUGAUGCUGAGUUUAAAAAUGAUGAGUUGGGUUCACAGAGUCCCUGCCAUGGGCCAGCCGGCUGUGAGGCUCCCCGCACUGUGUCGGUGGUUGCGAGGAAGGACUGUCAGAGUCCCGGCAGGGCUCAUGACUGUAUAGCAGUCCUCAGUAUCCUCCCCAGGGCAGCUGGAGGCCAGGGACCUGGCAUCCGGAGCUCCCCCAGUCUCCCCCCACUGUGCCUCAUCGCUUCUUUCUCGCUCUCU